UUAAAUCGCGCUCGCCACCCGGUAACCCUAAAAUGAGCUGUCAAGACGUUUUACCUUUGGAGAAUGUAGAAACAAUUGAUUUUACACGUUUUAUAUAGUUGUUUUUCUGAGAUUAUUUACUUUGUUUAUGAAGUUUAAGUAUCACGCCGUCUAACUGUCACACGAUGGCAGCCACGGCUCAAAGCGAGCUUUCGGUCGCGGAGCUGAAGGCCGAGAUCGAGAGGCUUGGCCGCGAGCUCGACCAGGCAAGCAGCGAGAAGAUCCAAUCGGCGCAGCUCGGCCUGGUUCUGCUCGAGGAGAAGAGCGCCCUGCAGCAGCGAUGCGACGAGCUGGAGAGUCUGUACGAGAACACGAAACACGAACUCGACAUCACACAAGAGGCACUUAUGAAAUUGGACACAACACAAAAAGUAACGACAAGAAGUGGUAUAGAACAAGAAAAUGCACUGCUCAACGAGUCAGCGGCGAUGGAGAGCUCGCUUACACUCCAGAUACUGGAGCUGGAGAGCGAGACCAAGCAGUUACGUCACGAGCUAGACCGCGUGGUGAGCGAACGCGACCGUCUCCUGGCAGAGAGCUCGGAGCUGGGCGCGGACAAGGCCACGCGCGAGUCGGAGCGCGCCGCGCUGCGCGCCGAGCUGCGGGAGGCGCGCCAGAGGGAACAGCGGCUACUCGUCGACAUCGGCGACCUCGAGGACGAGAACAUAUCGCUGCAGAAGCAGGUCUCCGCGCUGCGGUCCUCGCAGGUGGAAUUCGAAGGUCUCAAACAUGAAGUGCGUCAACUGCGCGAGGAGGCGGAGAACGCGCGUGCAGCGGCUGAGGAGAUGGCAGCGCUGCGCCGCAUCGCCGAGCGACAGCUGGCCGAAGCGCUGGAAGCGCUGCAAGCCGAGAGGGAAGCCAAGUUCGCCGCCAAGAAGGAAUUAGACGCGCAUCUCAGCAGAGAAGCUGCUUACAACAUUACCAAUCUGGCAUACAGUAUACGAGGUAUGCCAGACGACGGUACGGAGGACGAGGGCGAGCCAGGCGGCUCGACGUCCGCGGAGCUCGCCACCGCGAUGGGUGACCACCACGCCGACCUUUUCUCCGAAGUGCACCUGCACGAGAUAUCUCGCCUCGAAAAGCAACUCGAACAAGCACACAACGAGAUCAGUCAGCUGUCAGCAUCAGUGCGCAGCGCCCAGACCACGGCGGAGAGCGAGAGCGCGGCGGCCACCAUGCUGCGCACCGGCGUCACUCGCGCCCUCUCUCGGGUCUCCGCGCUGCACAACCUGCACGGCGAUUGCGGACCGCUGGAGGACGAGAAGAACGAGAGCGGCGUGUCGGCGCGCGCGAGCAAGUGGCUGACGUGGUGGCGCGUGUCGGGCGGCGAGCUGGGCGCGCUGGCGGCCACGCUGGGCGAGCUGCAGGCCGCCGCGCAGCCCGGCGACGCGCCCGCCGCGCUGCAGAGGCAGGCGCUCGUCGACCUCGCCGACCGCGUCGCCGAGGCAGAGGUGCGCUGCGCGGAGCUGCACGCCGAGGCCGACCUGCUGCGCACGCUCGCCUCGGGGGCUGGUCGCGCACUAUCGACCGCGGCGCCGGCGCUGUUGUCGGCGGCCGAGACACUCGCGCAGAUCUACCACCAUGUCUGCGCGGUCAACGGCACGCAGCCGGAGCGGCUGCUGCUUGAACACGCCGGGCAGAACGACAGCGGCGAGGCCGGGUCGGCGGAGGCGGCGGCGCUGGCGCUGGCGGCGGGCGAGCUGGAGGGCCUGCGCGGCGCGCGGCAGGUGGCGCGCUCGGCGGACGCGCUGCUCGACCAGCUCACGCACCUGCGCGCCGCGCUCGACACCGCGCUCGACUCGCGGCACCGACACCAGCCCGUAAUGGAGACGGAGGAGCGCGGUGCCGAACUCGCGGAACUUCAAGAACAAGUGAUCAAGCUAAAGUCACUCUUAUCGACAAAACGCGAACAGAUCGCAACACUGCGCACUGUGCUCAAGUCGAACAAGAACACCGCCGAGGUGGCGCUCGCCAACCUCAAGUCCAAGUACGAGACGGAGAAGACCAUCGUCACGGAGACCAUGCUCAAGCUCAGGAACGAGCUGCGGCUGCUCAAGGAGGACGCCGCUACAUUCUCCAGUUUGCGUGCGAUGUUCGCGGCGCGCUGCGAAGAGUACGUGACGCAGGUGGAUGAGCUGACGCAGUCGCUCACCAGCGCCGAGGAAGAGAAAAAGACCCUCAACCAGCUGCUACGGCUCGCCGUGCAACAGAAACUGGCGCUCACGCAGCGCCUCGAGGAACUCGAGGUGGACCGCGAGAUGCGCACGCGGCGCGUGCCCAAGCCCAGCGGCGGCGCACGAGCGCGCGGACGGGACUUCUAGCGGCUCGUGUCGGCGCUGAAGGCGGCGGCGGCGGCCCUGCGCGCGCUGCUGCAGCCGGCGCCGGCCCGCGCGACUGCGCCCGCGCGCCUCCGCCGCUAGCGGCCGCGCUCCGUAACGAAUUUAUAGACUAAUGCCGCCGCGCGACCGACGCAUCGCCGCACAGCCGCACCGCCGCCGCGCGGCGCUGGCGCCGGCCGACCGUCGCCCUUGAAUUUUUAUAGUGGCGGGUCCCGCGGACCCCGUUAUUUGUACGUUUUAUAAAAUUUAAAUUUAAUUAGUGGUAUCGGUUUUGCGGCCGGGGGGCGGCGACGCGGCGCGGAGGCGGGGCGUCCGCCCGGAGCCACGAGUGAACCGUCAAACUGUGCAGCGCGCCCGCGCCGCGCCGCGCCGCCGCCCGCCCGGAAACGGUUGGUGUUGUGUAUUAAAGUUGACUGAUGUGUGGGAGGGAGUCGGCAGAUGUUGCGGGACGCUGUACCGCCCAUCCUUAGUUACCCGUAGGCUUCUCUCUGGCGGCUCUCGUGGAGCCCGUCGCUCGUGCGUGUCCCCCCACUCCCCACUCCCUGUUCCCGCUCCUCGCGCCCUCGUAUGUUUCGACAUCAGGUCACUCGCUCGCUGUCUGUCUGCACGUCAUCAGAUCGAUGUUUAUCGAGUAUUUUUGUAAUAGCAUCAGUGUAUUUUGUUACGCAAAUGAAUUUAUCGCCGUUGUUAUGGUGUCGCAGAUGACGGUAUAUUCCACGUCAAAGGCAGAUUUAUUGUUAUGAUAAUAUUACUCGUAUGUUUGUGUGUGUAUUGAGCCGGAUACGCGAUGAAACCGUGCAACGUUAUUUUUUAUGAUAUACAUAUAAUUAUAUAUAACGUUCGAGUCGAUUCGCACGUAUAGAAUCCUCCGAUCGAUACGAAUGUUCAGUACGUCCAAAUGAAAAAAAUCGAAAAAAAAUAUAUUCGUCGUCGUCCAUCCAUUGUGUGCGCAAAAGACUAUGUAAUCUGUUCUAUAGUGGAUACGUUCGUUGUGUUGUUGUGGCCCUCCGCCGAAUACUUUCGUCCAUCUUGUUCUAGUUGUACUGGUAGUGUUUCGAGUUUCGUUGAGCGCGGUCCAGCGCCGGGCUCGGCGCAUUCUGCCGUCCUGUGGUGUCCGUGGCGUCGCCACACGCGUCCAUUUCUUGUCCAGAGCCGGUCGAUUCCGACAAGUGUCACGCGCACUAGUACUGCUGAAACCGCUCGUGUGUUGCUCAAGACGUUGCUCACGGGAGUCGACCGGUGGAUCUAUUUAUAAGAGACAAAAUUUACAAGAGAUUUUAUUGAAAAUGUUACGAUUUAUUAUUAUUUACGUUGAUUGGAUGUGAUAUUGGCAGCUUCCCGUGAUGAGAUCGCUUCGACCGCUCGAUGACGUAGUCGUUUGUAUUUCCGUAGCGUCUCACUGACGUAGGCUAGUCGGACCGUUCCACGUAGCGGGGCCCUCGGCCCCGGCGAGUAUUUUUACUUAUUUAGGCGUAGAUAUAGUUGAUACAUUAUCCUUCAAAUAACUUAGUAGGUUAACUAACUGUACGGACGUUCCGUUGAGGUAGUGGAAUUAAUUUGCAAUAUUAACAUAGUAGAAUAAUUGUUUCGCAUAGCUCUCGGCGUCCGCUGAGAGGUCGCGCAUGCGCCCGCUGUGAGGGAGCGCGUGCGCGUCCGCAGGACCACGGCCUUGCAUUUAUUGUUUACUAGAUUGUAAUCGUAUAACGUCUAGCUUCUAGCGUAGAUCACUCUUCGUGUACUUAAACGAUGGACUUACCUAUUGUUAGCUUUAGUGUUCAUCUUUCUCUAAGUAUUAUUUUCUUUAGCUUAGCAGCAGACAUCGUUUAUGUAUUGUUAUGUCUAGUCACCGAUAUGUUUGCGUUUACAGCGUUCGCCGCGCGGCCGCCCGCUUGUUGUCAAACGUUCUUAUGUAAUUCCGAAGGCGGCCGGGCUUUAUGUAUUACUAUUUACAAGUUUGUUGAUAAAGUUUUCAUUAAUAAACUCACUGUUUCUGAAUUGAUUCUUUAUGAUUUGACAUGUUACAUUGCCCUGUUUGUCUGAACUUGUUUUGACAUGAUUAUUUAUUACAGUUAUAUAAUUGUUAAUGUAUAAUGUGACAGAGCAUGAAUAGCGUUGGUAAAAGUGUUGUAUAUUUUUUAACGAUUAGUUAUUAUGUAGAAGGUGUUUCGGAUGACUUUACUGUGUUAGUGCAAUUGAGUUUAUUGUUGUGCGGUAUAGAUUCAGUAUUGAGUAUUGGUGAGGGUGGUGUCGCUCGGUGUGUGCUGCCGCCGUCGCUUGGCGGUGCGCAGUGUCACCGAACAGAGCGAUUAACCAAAUAUUUUCUUUAUAACAUUUUAGAUCACUUAUUAUUGCGUAGGCAUAGAUAUUAUUUUAUAUUUAAUAGAGAAGUAUUGACUUUUGUUAUUUAUAUGUGGAAAGUAUAUGAAUUGCCCAGCUACUUGAUUAUAUUGCGACAUGAUUUGUGUUGGACAACUCGAUGCAUGAAUGUUCCCGCGCUAUGACGGUGUCAUUUUUAUCUGUAGCUGAGUAACGGUCAAUGAGUAGCCGGCCUCGACUAUUGCACAGUUUGAUGGUUCACUAUGGCAUAGUGCGGACGUAGCUGCGUAGCUUCCCCUGCAUCCGAUACAAGAUGGCCGCCGUUUGUUUUCCUCCGACACCAGAUUACAUGUCUUUGCGAAGCAUUGCCGAGCUUGCGACAGAACUCCGCUUUGUAUUCAGUAUUCACCGACAGAUCGAAUGAGCCAGCAUCGGGAACAUAUCAUGACAGAGCGGAUUUAUUUUCAAACUGUAAGGCACACCGUGUUGUCACAAUGACUGAUAUGAAUCAUGUAUGAAGAAUAAUAAAUUAUUAUAUUUAAAAAUU